CUUUGCCUACUUAUCCACACUAUGCCAAGCCUCACGACCCCCAUUCGUCUCUUCUUGAUUCGUACAAGCUUCUGCCUCCUGUUCCGUCGAUCGAAGACGAAGCACGAUGUCCGAUACGGUGCAGUCGACGGCCGUCGUCGGUGGGCUGUCGCUGGCGACGACCGCCGGGUUCAUGGUCGCAGCAGUGCUCGUCAUCUUCAUACUCUUGAUCUUUGUGUUCGUUCUGUACCUCAACGCCAAGCGGUGGAACGGCGCCAACCCAGUCUCCGGCCGCGGCCGCGCCCGCGCCCGCCUGGUCUUCGUCGCGGAGCCUGCCGCCGGCCCGCAGCAACGCGGCCUCGAUGCGGCCGUCAUCGAGGCGCUCCCGUCGGUGUCGUUCCGACCCGAGGACUUCGAGGAGGCCGUGGAGUGCGCCGUCUGCCUCUGCAGGCUGGCGGAAGGCGAGGCCACGCGCCUGCUGCCCAAAUGCAACCAUGCCUUCCACCGGGAGUGCAUCGACAUGUGGUUCUACUCCCACUCCACCUGUCCGCUCUGCCGGAACCCGGUCGUGCUCGACGAGCCCGAGACCGCUGAUAACAGCACCGCAGCCGUUGCUUCCGAUGCGCGUGCGGGGGGGUCAUCGUCUCACUCCCCGGCGAAUUUGUCUCAAGCCAGUGUUGGAGGCUCGGGCUCUGCUUCGGUCUGUUCUGCAAGCAGGUUGGAGGGGGCAUUGGCGAUAGAGAUAACAUGGGGAGAAGUGGAUGGGUUCCAAGCUCCGAGUAGGCUCCCUGAGGAAGACCUCAGGUCGCCGACGGCAGCAGCGUUGAGAUCGCUGCGAAGGCUUCUGAGCUGCGGAAGCAGGAUGGCUGGUGAUGUCGAGCAGGGAUGUCUUCCGGUCCCCAAGCCGCCGCCGAGUUCAUGAAUGAGCUAAAAUGACGCAGAUGAAGAUUUAGCACAUGGAAUACAGUAAGAUUUGUAUAGA